AACAUGGAUGAGAAAGGUUUCAUACUAGGAGAGGGAAAAACGCGAAAACGGAUAUGUCGUCAAGGCCGGCAUGACCCACAAUUCAAGGAGUACAGUAACCAUGAAAGCUGUACUAUUGUUACUGGUAUUUCUGCUGCUGCAAGUAUAGUAACUCCUUUGAUUGUUUUCAAAGGAAAAGAACAGCUUGCAGGAUGGCAGAAAACAAAAAAAGAGAAGGAAUAUUGGUAUUGUGUGCAAGAGGAUGGUUAUAUGAACUCUCGGUUGACCUAGGAUUACCUGCGAUUAGUCUUUGGGCCAGAGACUGUACCGAUUUCACAGGGACGCUGGAAGUUAUUGGUCUUUGAUGGCUUUGACUGUCAUUUAGACUAUUGUAACCAGAGCUGGUACUCGGUUAAGUUUGGUUUGUUUUAUGUUGUGUUUUAAGUAUCAGUUGAUACUUAGUUUGUUUUAUGUUUUGCUUUAAGUAUCGGUUGAUACUUGGUUAUUUUUAUACUUUGAUUGAGUAAGAACAUGAGUGAGAAUUCAUGAUCGUACUCAAACACAUGUACUUAAAAAGACCGCCGUUUUCCACUCUGGAAACGGCAGACUUCGACAGACAGUAUUCUAAUAUACUCGGUUGAACAGUUAUUUUUAUUCUCCCUAGUACACCACCGAAGCCUCCCUUAGCGAGCCCAAACUGUUACUCUCCAGCAGAGAACGCUCUGCUCCUAUUGUAUAUAGCAGCGUGACUAGCGCCCCGGCAUGAACAGGUUACAACUAUCGGGUAAUUGAGUACUGCUGGCAACACCGAAUCCUACCAUGCGCUCUCCCUCCGCAUACGAGUCAUGUCUUGUAGCCCUUGGAUGUAGCAGUGUUUUCUUCUCUUUCUAAUGCAUAUGGAAAGGAAGUAAACUAUAUCCGAGCUACUGUAGACAAGGACACAUUUCCAAACCUUUUCUCUCGUGCCCAGCAGGCAUUAUUUACUUCCUCAAAUAUUUUUAGUGGCUUCAGCAAAACUGGUAUCUGGCCUCUUAAUCCACAGCAACGCCUA